AUGACUUCCGAGAUCGAGCAACCACAGAGCUCUCUGAUUUUUGACUCUCUGCCGUACUAUGACAACGACCUAGAGCAGCAGCCAGCUCUAAGGGAAAGGGUGGAAAGAGAACUUGCGCGAGAUGCGAAACCUCUUCAGACUCUCCAUCCUCGCGUUCCGCCAUCACCAAAGCUUUUCGCUAACUACCCCCUUCUGGAUGCCGAGCUUAGUCGUCUUGAGUCUCGUCAGCCAUUGCCUGCGCUAGAUACGACACGCUAUCAAUUACCAGGACCAUCUUCGACCCCCGCUGGCGAAGAAGAGUGGAAAACGGCAUUAGCAAAUGCUCACUCUCAGUUGGAACACCAGCGCUUGCGACAUGCGAACCAGGCCUUAUUGCAGUCCUACGGCGCAAACGCUUGGCGAAUACACAAUUACCGGGUGGAAGCGAGCGCCAAGAAUAUAGAGAAGGCUUUGGAAGACCUGAAAAAUCUGACCACGGAAGUAAACAGAGAGCGAAAGAACUUCCAAACGCAGAUCGGAGAUCAGUUGACUUCUCUGGAAACUCGCUGGACAGAACUCAUCUCGAAUAUACUGCAAAUCGAGAUGGCGAAUGUUGCGUUGGAAGCCGAGGUCGACAGGCUCAAUAAAACAGAGGCGCAGCUGGCAGCCGGCCUAUAA